UUGCAAGUACAUACCACAGCCACAGCGAGUAUACAUAUACGGCUAUAACCUGAUGGUUCUCUAAGCAGAUACCCUGGCAAACACCACACUCAACCUUUGCCCCCAUUGUGUGCUUAAGCCUGAAAGAACAGUCAUGCCGUCGCACAAGACAGCGUGUGAGAGUGGCACAGCCACACCCGGCAGUUCGGUAGACAGCAGCGGUGGGCCCAAGAUACGCCUACGAUUCUCGCGCACUCUGAUCACAGACGCGAAGAAACUCCGCGCCAUCCACGAGGAGUGUACCAAAUCGGGGGCAGGGACGCCCUCAAUCAGCGAGGACAGGACAGAGGCACCCUCAACUAUCGAGGACAGGACAGGGGCACCCUCAACCAACGAGGGCAGGACAGGGACAGGGGCACCCUCAACCCAAGCCCAGCCGGUCAUUCAUCAGGUUGAUGGAGAACAUACCGAGGAUGUGGGUGGUGUGGGUGAGAGGCGCUCACGCGUGCCUGCGGAUGGCACCUCAUCGGUGGAGUUGGUGAGGACGGGUGAGUUGCGACUGACCUUCCGUAUCCCCGGCAACACGGUGGAGACUGCUUCGGCCAAACACACCCCCGCCACCCAGCCUACUAGUAGCAGUAGUAGCAGCAGCCCCACCCAGGCCAAACACACCCCUAAUCCUACCAAGCCACGCGCACGCACACCUACACCCACGCCUGUGCCUGCGCCGAAGCCUGGGGUGGCCACGUCGCAAGGGCUUAAACGGCGGCAUGACGGAAUAAGCCCCAGCACCAGCACCGGCAGUAUCAAGGGUGUGGCGGCUAAACGCCCGAACUACGACAGCUGGGAGAAGCUGGUAAGUCGGCCCAGCUCGGCGGAGCCACGUAAACCACCCCUGCCAGGGGUAGAUAAGGCUGUGGCGGUAGUAGGUAAACCGCCUGUGAAGGGGACUGGGGCGUUGGGGGCAAAAGCCCUGGCGGCCAUGUGCAACGGGACGGGUGCAGGGAACGGGGGCACUCAGGGCCAUACAGCCACGGCUGGUACGGCUGCUGGUGUAAUACGCCGGGUGUCUGGGGGAGCCGUUGGUGGCAACCGCCAGACCUCAGCAAGUGUUGGUAGUGUCCAGAGCGACGUGCCCGGUGCUGCUGGGGGUGUGCCAAGCCACGUGCCUGGUAGUACGGCCGGCACAGUGAGACCGACAUCCGCCCACACGGCUGGUGCUAAAGACCAUACUCAAGGCCACACCCACAGCAAGACCCAUAUUUCAGGGCAUACUACCGGUCCUAAAAAAAGCCUUGCGGACAGUACCAGUGCUUCAAGAUCAGUCCGGUCUUUGGAGUCGGGGGAGAUACCCCCGUCAGGCCAGUCGGCUGUGGCGACCUCGCCCCAAACACUGCCGUUAAAGGACUCGCACGAGAACGGUCAUAGUGUGCGGGGUAAAGCACCUACUACUGCGACUGUGCCACGGUCUACGCGUUCACUUGAAUCUGGGGAACUAUCUUCAACCACUACACAUGCACACGUAUCGUCUAUAAAGUACACACACGCACACGCACACGGACGGGAUGGGCGGGACAAGCACCACAGCGCCGACCAGACCCAACACUCACACAGCCACGGCGACGGGCGAGAGCGUACACGCGCACACGACACACACCGUCACCACAACGAACGGUCACAUACACAAGACCCUACACGCACACAGAGCACAGGCGAGGCGGUGGCUGCGGCAAGGCACUCGACUCACUCGCACGCCCACCGCAGCAAGUCUCACGGGGGGCAUCACCGCCACGGCCCCCACCCAUAUAACAGGACAGGUGCAGGGACAAGUACUGAACAUCUGGCCAAACACCAGUCUACUACCAGGGCAAGGCUGUCCUCGCGGUCGCCCCCCAAAGGGCCGGACGUCCCCGCGGGAGCACUAGCUGUACGCACACACACGCGAGAGUCUAGUACAUCCACAGCACCACCCACACCUCAAACCCUAAAACGCACACACACACACGAGGCUGGUACAUCCACAGUAUCACCCACACCACCACCACCCCCUCCUCCUCUCCCUGGGACAGCACCCCCCUCGCCUGAGGCUGCACCCCCUCCCCCACCCCCUCCCCCUGACUCGGCCCCACCCCCUCCCCCACUACCCGACAAUGGGAAUGGGCCGUCAGGACAACAGGCUACAGGGGGGCCUACUACCACACACGCACACACCCAACCAACUCACAGGAUCAUCAAGGCGGUGGUCAGACCUGCGCAGGCUAUAAAUAGACCACCCGUGCGGCAGGCGGUAGGUAACCACUGGCCCAAUAAGGCAGGACAUCCGACAAAUGGGUCCAAUCACAUGGCCCCGCCCCCGCCCCCGCCUCUAGAACCACCACCCGCUACACCACCCGUACCCAAACCCAACCAAGCCCCAAACCCAAGCCCAGCGGAAGCACCCAGAAACCCCCUCAAACUGUCCUCGAAUAGCACAAUGAGGAUCAAAAAACGAGAUCCGGGGGCAAAAGGGGGCGCGACUGUGGUGACGCAUAUGCCGUUCAAGCCACGCCACCCAAGAGCCACCGGGUGUCUGAAGAACCCGCAUCAUUUAGGACUCGCCUCAGAAUAUAGGAAACUGGGUCUGGUCGGCAAGGGGACGUUUGGUGAGGUCUGGAAAUCAAAGGAUUUGGACGACCCCAGCAAGUUCGUGGUGCUUAAAAAGAUCUUGGAAGAGACUGAGGUGGAAGGGUUCCCUAUCACUGCCUUGCGGGAGAUCAUGCUCAUGCAGAGACUGGAGCAUAAGAACAUACUGCACGCGAAACGUGUGGUCUACAAUCCGCCAAAAGCUGGCAAAGACAAGUACGGCAAUGAGCUCAAGUCCACCUUCUACAUGGUAUCGUCGUGGAUGGACCAUGACCUGGCGGGGCUACUCAACAGAGGCAAAGCGUUUUCCGUGGCGCAGAUUAAGUGCUUGUUCAAACAGCUGCUGGUGGGGCUGGACUUCCUGCACGUUAGGAAGAUACUGCAUCGCGAUAUAAAGUGUGCCAAUAUACUUGUUAAUUCGGCCGGACUGCUGAAGAUAGCUGAUUUUGGGCUCGCCAGGACGUUUGAUGACAAACAGCUCAAGAAUGGCCUAACCAACCGAGUGGUCACGCUAUGGUACCGUCCGCCUGAACUGCUCCUGGGUGAGCGUAUGUACGAUACAAAGAUAGACAUGUGGGGUGCUGGGUGUGUGCUGGGAGAGAUGGCCAAUACCGCACCACUGAUGAAAGGCAACUCGGAGAUAGAGCAGCUAGACUGCAUCUUCAAGCUGUGUGGCACCCCCAACGCAGACAACUGGGCCGGCGGGACCGAACUCGAAGUCUUCCAACACACCUGCAAGAACUGGGUGCAGUACCCGUCCAUGCUGUGGCAGGAGUUACGCAAACUCAAACAAGACACUGACGUCACGCAGCCCAGAAAGAACGAGAAGAUGGAACCAGGCCGAAUGGAACCGUUUGUGCAUAUCAUGGAGGGGUUAUUGUGCCUAGACCCGAGGAAACGUCUGUCGGCGAGUGAUGCUUUAGACCAUAUAUUCUUCUGGACGGAUCCUAACCCCUUGGAGCCUGAAGAAAUGGGCCUACACGAUGUAGCCUCUAGCCAUGAGUUGCGAGUGGGCAUCGACAAACAGAACCACCCCACACAAUUCCCGCCGAUUAAAAUACCCAUCAAGAUCCGCUCGACUUAUCCCCUGGGCGGUGUUUUGGUGAACAAAAUGACUGGAGAGGUGGAAGUGUAUGAGCACAAUCGAAACAGGCCAAAUAACCCACACCAGAAUCGACCAGGAGGUGUUGGACAUCCAUACCGUCCAAUGCAUAGCAACGUCGGGCAAAUAAACCAAGUUCAGCGGCCGAUAAACCCCGGUCAAAGGUUGCGUGGGCCAUCCAAGCCCAACCAACAGCACCAGGGGUUGGAUCGACGCCGCUUACAACAGCAGCAGCAACCCAAUCGGUAUGGCCCAGGUGCACCCCGGCCCUACAAACCACUCAACACAGGUGCAGGUGCAGGUACUGGGGGGGGUAUCAGCAAUGUUAAGCCGGCUAUUGGUGGGUAUGGAUAUGCAAACGGGCAAGGUAGUCGACCGGAUGCCAGGGGGAAAGGGCCGGAUAUGAAUUCCAAUGCGAGUGCGAGUGUCAAAUCAGCCCCGACGACGGGGUGGGUGCCUCAGCCGUACAGACCGCGCAACUACAACCCACUCAACGGGCCUUGAGGAAAGAUUAGUAAUGUUAUUGUAUCUAUAUGUCCGGAUCUCUUUGGGGACAUGGGGGGCGGAUCGGAGGUAUAAUUUAGACUUAGUACAGACAACCAAUAAAUUAGUUAUGACGGGGUGAUACAAACACCCGAACCCAAACAAUGAACACGAUAAAACUGGU